AUGGCUGAAAUCCCAGUAAGACAGAAAGCAGUAAUGAUCCAGGACCCUGGUCCAAAUGGACACAUCAUUUUCAAGAAUUGCGUCCCGGUGGAACGACCUGGCGAAAAUGAAGUUCUCGUAAAAUUGGAGUGCUCCGGAAUCUGGUAUGAUUGCACCUUCCUUUUAAGCGGUAUCAUAGUAACAGCCAGAAGCCAUUCCGACCUCCGUGGCCUCAUGGGCUGGGGCACAACUUCGCCCAUCCCGGGUCAUGAAGGUGUAGGUUGGGUUAUCGCGCUUGGUCCGUCCGCACCUUCAACCCUUCUGGGUCAACGUGUCGGAAUCAGGUGGCUACAUAGCGCAUGUGGCGUCUGCUCCGUGUGUUCCUCAAUACCAGCGUUCCCAAACAACUGCCCGCAACAGCGUAAUACGGGCCGAAAUGUUCCUGGAACUCUGGAGCAGUAUAUGGUUGCACACGCGUUCUAUUUGUCGCACAUCCCUGACGGCCUGCCCAGCGAGGUCGCAGCUCCACUGUUGUGCGCAGGGCUCAGUAUGGCUGGGGCCAUCUCGCGGCUCGAGCCAGAACUUGAAAGGGGCAACUGGGUUAUCAUACCUGGAGCCGGAGGCGGGCUUGGCCACUUGGGUUUGCAGAUCGCUGCUCGGACUAAGGGUUACAGGGUCGUGGCGGUCGAUACUGGGGAGGCGAAGCGGGAGUUAUGCCUGAGCCUUGGCGCAGAGGCAUUUGUGGACUUUUUGACAGAAGAUAUAGAGAUGAAAGUGAAGGAGCUGACCGAUGGAGAAUUCGCACAUGGAAUUGUGGUGGUGCCUGGAGGGCAAAAGGCUUAUACGUUGGCGCCAAAGCUUAUCCGCAAUCGCGGAGUGAUGGUAUGCGUGGGUCUGCCUCGUGAAGAUUUUCACAUCCCCAUCUCGCCUAUUGAGUGUUGUGAUCGAGGUCUAGUGAUUAAAGGGUCGGCUACUGGAAACGAGGAGCAAAUGCAGGAGUUAUUCCAACUGGCGCUGUCCAAUACGGUGCUGCCACAGGUCGAGCUCAUCGACUUUAGUCGAACUGGUGAGAUAUUAGAGAAGUUGAGGAAUGAUGAGAUUUCAGGGCGAGUGGUCACCUUGAUUCCUCCCUGA